AUGUCGUCGGACUUUUGGGCGGGAUACCUCAGUGGGGCCAUUGGAAUUAUAAUCGGCAACCCUCUAGAUGUUGCCAAGGUUCGAUUACAAGCUGGAGGGGCUAAUGCAGCUGGAUCAACAAGCCGGAACAUAGGCUCCUUUGAGAAUGUGAGCUCCCUUGUGCGAGGUGCUGCUGCUCCCAUACUGGGAUAUGGAGCGCUUAAUGCGCUGCUAUUUGUCGCCUACAAUCGUUCGUUGAUGUUCAUGGAUGAUUCGGUAAAGGAUCCCACAAACCCCUUAGGCGUUUCGCUCUACAAAAUCUGGCUUGCUGGUGCUGCUGGCGGAGUGGCCAGCUGGACGGUCUCAUCUCCCACAGAGUUCAUCAAAUGCCGAGCGCAACUUGACACUCGCCCUGGGGUCUCUUCGUGGACUGUCGCCAAGGACAUCUUUCGGACCCGAGGAUUGACGGGUCUCUACUUCGGAGGAGUGAUUACUUGCGCCAGAGACUCGAUUGGCUACGGAUUUUAUUUCUGGUCUUACGAGUACUGCAAACGUCUUAUGGCCUCCGAAAAUGAUAACGCGCAUGAGAUUGCUCUGAAAGUACUUCUCUGCGGAGGCAUUGCUGGAGUAACCACAUGGGCCUCUGUCUACCCGCUGGACAUGAUUAAGACGAGACUGCAAGCGCAGACAAUUGCAACAGCUCCCGAGUCCCGCCCACUGAUACCUAUACAGAGCAAGCCCCAGACAUUGAAUUCCUACCAGAUUGCCAAAGCCGCGUAUCAAUCCGAAGGGCUGAAAGCUUUCUACCGAGGCCUCGGGAUCUGUAGCUUGAGAGCUUUCAUAGUAAACGCUGUCCAGACACAGAGCUGUGUUGCUGGGGUUACGCAAGUAUAG